UGCUUGAGCUGCUGUUGCGAAGUACACUCCAGUUGUUAGAAAUAUCGGUGUUUGACCUUUCUAAAAUAUAUUAAAAUGGCCGAUGAGGAUGUUGCUGCCUUGGUCGUAGAUAAUGGAUCCGGUAUGUGUAAAGCCGGUUUCGCUGGAGACGAUGCUCCAAGAGCCGUCUUUCCUUCCAUCGUUGGUCGACCUCGCCAUCAGGGCGUAAUGGUUGGUAUGGGUCAGAAAGAUUCAUAUGUCGGCGACGAGGCACAGAGCAAGAGAGGUAUUCUUACCUUAAAAUAUCCCAUCGAACACGGCAUCGUUACAAAUUGGGAUGAUAUGGAAAAGAUCUGGCAUCAUACCUUCUAUAAUGAACUUCGAGUUGCUCCCGAGGAACACCCAGUCUUACUUACAGAAGCUCCCCUUAAUCCAAAGGCAAACAGAGAAAAGAUGACACAGAUUAUGUUCGAAACCUUCAACAGCCCCGCCAUGUACGUAGCUAUCCAAGCCGUCUUGUCCCUGUACGCGUCUGGACGUACUACUGGUAUUGUCAUGGACUCUGGUGAUGGUGUAACACACACAGUACCCAUCUACGAGGGUUAUGCUCUMCCCCAYGCYAUCCUCCGUCUUGACUUGGCUGGCCGUGACUUGACUGACUACCUCAUGAAGAUCUUGACAGAGCGUGGUUACUCUUUCACUACCACAGCUGAGCGUGAAAUUGUCCGUGACAUCAAAGAGAAGCUCUGCUACGUCGCUUUGGACUUCGAACAGGAGAUGCAGACCGCUKCWKCCAGCUCAAGCCUUGAGAAGAGCUACGAGUUGCCUGAUGGACAGGUCAUCACCAUUGGCAACGAGCGAUUCCGAUGCCCAGAGGCCAUGUUCCAACCCUCAUUCCUUGGUAUGGAAUCUGCUGGUAUUCACGAGACAUGCUACAACUCCAUCAUGAAGUGCGACGUUGAUAUCCGUAAGGACUUGUAUGCCAACACUGUCUUGUCUGGUGGCUCCACCAUGUACCCAGGUAUUGCUGACCGUAUGCAGAAGGAAAUWKCCAACCUUGCCCCACCAACCAUGAAGAUUAAGAUCAUUGCUCCACCAGARAGAAAAUACUCUGUAUGGAUUGGAGGHUCCAUCCUUGCUUCCCUGUCCACCUUCCAACAGAUGUGGAUCUCCAAGCAAGAAUACGAUGAAUCUGGCCCAUCCAUCGUCCACAGAAAAUGCUUCUAAAUUCGAACACUUCAAUUUCUUAAACCUAAGUCUUCUCGCUAUUCUGUGUUUAGUCCCUUUCCUAAAUAUUACAAGAACUGUGACAUGACGCAACGACUGGAGAAAGCAUUGCAGUACUUCGCAUACAAUGUGCGGCUAAUGUAGUUGUGUUCUUGUAAACCUCUAGUUAUGAUGAGUAUAUUUUGAUAACGAUGUCUGUACUUUUGAUAUUAGAAAGUAAUAUUUCCCUAGAUAAAAGUUGUUUUAUAUUAAAAUGUAUAGACGAUUUCAA